CAUAUACAGCUCUCAUUAUUGUUUAUAAAAUUAAUAUAUUAUCAAUUAAAAUUCAUAUUAAAAUCAUUGUCUUUAAGCAUAGUAAUCAUCACGGAUUCAUCAGGGAUCAUAAAAAAUAAAUAACAUACUGAAAAAAUAAUAAAAAAAAAGAUUCAUCAACAUCAACAGUCAUGAAUAAGACAACAGAUGUUGAUUCAGGAAAAAGAAAAGCAUCACAAGAACAGCCUGAAGGCUUGAAAGAUCCAAAACAACGUAAAAAAAAUUCACAAGUAUUAUCUGCCAACCGUAACACAAGUAAUACAAUCGAAAAACUUGUGUCAUUUUGGACAGCUGGUGGUAAUGUUCAUCCAUUGUUAACCCAAGAGGGAACAGAUAAUAUGAAAUUAAAAGAAGCUGAAGAUAAAUUUCGUGAAGCUGAUAAAAUUGUAAAUGAUCUUCAAAAAAAAUUAGUUGCAUCUGCUGGAAAUGUUACUAAUCUUCAAAUUGCAUUGAAGCAAGAAGAAACUGAAAAAGAAACACUUGUUCAAAAAAUGAAUUCAACAUGGGAAUUAAUCAGAACAAUUACUCAACAUGUUACAUAUGCAACAGAUACACUUCAUGAAUGUCAAAAACACACGACAUAUUUGACAACAACUUACAAUGAUGUUAUAUUAAAAUUACGUGGUGAUAAUGAAGUUUUAAAUAAAAAAUUAACAUCAAUUGCAUCUGAUCGUAAUGCAAAUGCUGAAAAUGCACUUAAAAAAUUGGCAAUAAGAGAAACUGAAAUUGAAGAAUUAAAAGCUAAAUGUGAAAUGAUUGAAUGUCAUCUUUUAAGUCAAAAAGAAUUAGCUCAAAAUGCUAUUAAUGAUACUGAAAAAUAUAAAAAAAAAAUAUAUGAACUUGAAAAUUCAGAAGAAUUAUUAAAACAAAAAGUUCAAGAUCUUGAAAUUAAAAUAUUAAAUGAACAGAAUAAAGUUGAAUCAAUUUGUGCAUCACAAAAACAAAAAUGGAGUCAAACACGACACAAUUAUGAAUCUGAAUUAUCAGCAUUGAAAGCUGAACUUGAAGAGACAAGAUGUACCAUCAGUAAUGUUAGAGGAGAAAGAGAAGAAGUUUUUCAUAUUUUAGCUGAAAAAGAAAAAGAAAUUGAUUCAUUGGAAAAGAAAAAUAAAACAUAUAGUAAAAAAAUUGAGGAACUUCAGAGCAACAUGAAUGAUACAUGUAGCAAUUUGGAACUUUUUAAUAAUCAAAAAAGUAUAUGGGAAGCACAAUUGAAAGAGAAAAACGAUGAGAUUUGUAAAUUAAUAAAAGAUUUAAACUCAGCAACUGCUGAAAAAACAGAGCUACAAAAUCAAAUGACAAAAUUGAAUGAAAAAUUUAAAAAUCAAGCUGAAGAAAAAUUAAAUUUACAAACAACAUUAUCACAAAAUUCAAAUUUAUUAAAUGAAUCAUCAAAACGUGUUGAGGAAUUAACAAAAAGUCUUGAAGAAAAUGAAAAAUUAAAAAAACAAACUGAAAAUGCAUUGACACAAAAAGAGACAAUAAUAAUGGAAUUGGAAAGAAAAUUAAGUCGUUUAGAAGUUCAACAUGAAGAACAACUUCACAAAGAAACAGUAAAAUACGAAAAAUGUAUGAAUGAAUUGAAAAAGCUAAAAUCAACAUUAAAAACAUCAGAGAAAACUGACACAACAAUUCGUACUGAGAAUGAAAAAUUAAAAGAAAAAGUUGAAGAAUAUGAAGAAAUAUUAAAAAAAGAAAGAUAUGAUAUGGCUGAGCUGAUUAAAGAAUUGAAAAAUUUACGAUCAGAGUGUGAUUCAUACAAAAUAAUAGAAAAAGAAAAUAAUGUAACUGUUAAUAAGACAAAUGAAUUACAAAGAAAAGUAAACGACAUGAUGAAUUUAUUAACAGAAGAUAAAAUUAAAACAAGAUCUUCUGUCAAGAUUCCAUCGAGUCCAAAUCCAAGUAUUAAAAAUACUCAAAACAAAACUUCAUCUCCAUCACGUGUUUUUCUUUCAGAGGUGAAAAAAAAUAGUCAAGAAGUUCAAGAAAAAAAAUACAAGAAAAAUGCUGAAGUAACAAAGAAUCGAUCAGCAGCUUCAAAACCAAAAGUGGUAUCUGUUGAGACUGUUACGACAAAGCCAAUUUUAAGAAGUUAUAAAAAUUCAAAGUCACCAAAGUCACCUAAAAAAGCUAGCGUCACAUGGAAAACACCAAAAGAAGAUAAAUCAAUUGCUUUGAACGAUAGUGAAGAUGAAUUUGAUAAAAUUGUCACCUCAGUCAAUAUGGAAUUGCCAAAUUCUCAAAUGGGUACACCUGGAAGAAAGUUUUUCAAAAAUCGUCUCUCCCAACAUUAA